UAUAUAUAUAUAUAUAUAUAUAUAUAUAAAGAGAGUGAGUUUAAGAGAGAUGGAUCAGAGUUAUGAGAGGGAAAUAGAGAAAAAUAAAGGAGAUGGUCCAUAUCCUUUUUUAAAAUAUCAUUUUAUAUUUUCAUGUUAGAUAUUGUGAAACUAAGUGAUUGCAGUCAAGUCGUUAAAUAAUUAAUUCUAGUUAUGUGAGUAUUUGGGUAAAUAAUAUUUUCUUUUAAAUUAUUGAAAUAAAAUGAUACCGAUAUCCCACUAAACUCCAAAGUAUCGAAAAUUUACUAAGAAAAAUCCACCCUACGUCUACCAAGUAAAAUGGAGACCCUAGAAAAUUAAGAAAAAGCUUGAAUAGUUUUUGCAAACGAUCAACGAGUUUCACAUGUUGUUAAUCUUUGAAAUCAAGCACCACCGGGAAAGAAAAAAAAAUCAAAAUCAAGAAAGGAGGGAUAUGUAACUUUAAUUGGAAACAGGGGAAAGAAUUGUUCUUGAAUUGUAGCGAUUGAUUUGCACACGUAAAGAAUUAUUGUCAAUUAUUAUAAUCUUAUAAAUAGAUGCAUUCAUGUUUCAGUAUCUUUGGCACCUAAUAGUACCAUAAUAAUACUAUAAUUACUACAAGUACAAUAUCAAGGUAUUGCAGAUUUGGUGAGCUAGCUUCAGACAAUUUGGUUUACCCUUACUUCUUCUCCAUACUCCUUUUUUUCCUGCAAUCUUUGUUAUAUUAUUAAUGCAACAGAGAACUUGUAUAGGACUGUACCAAAAAAAGAGAGAGAGGACUUGCACAGGAAAUUAGGUGACUUUUAAGGGAAGGGAUUGCUAUUUUCCUCUCUUUAAUAUGGUUUAUUUUCCCCAAACACUAAAUGUCGAACUAUGUGCUAGUGAAUCCUUCAACAACACAAGUCUAGUUUCAAUAUUGCCAGGUGCAAUCGUCUUACCGAGUGAGGAAACUGAUAUUGAAACUGAACCAUCUGAAGUGACUAAAAUUCUUCCAAACUGUAGUGAUAAUGAGAAUAAAAUUGAAUUGCUUGAUCAAGUAUACAGAGCUGGUCCAAUGAGGAGUUUGUCGUAUUCCUCUCUUCUAAUAGAAAUUAAGACACCUACCAAAAACACUGUGCUACAUAUAGCAGCUCAGAAUGGCAAUGAUAAGAUUGUGAGUCUUGUAGUUGAACAUGCUCCAACACUUUUGUUCGAGUUUAAUGAAAACAAUGAGAGUGCGUUACAUAUUGCUGCAAGAUGUGGACACAUCUCAAUCGUUGAAAAGCUAUUGAAAGCAUAUGCUAAUAUUGAACGGCGUGAUAUAAGAACAGCAUGGUUAGAAUACACUAACAAUUUGGAUAGCCCAAAAGACUAUGAUGAAGAGUCAAAUAUGGAGGACUUGUUAGAAAACUAUGAUGAAGACUCAAAUAUGAAGGACUUGUUAGAAGAAGAUUAUGAUGAAAAGUCAAAUAUGGAGGACUUGUUAAAAUUUGUGAAGAUAGAGAAUGUUGAAGGAAACACUAUGUUUCAUGAGGCAAUGUUAUGUCGUGACAAGAAGAGAAUUGGCGGGGAUAAGAUUUUCAAAGCUUGUGAGCUCUACAAGAUCGGGGAUUCAUCGUCGAAGUGGUGUUAUGAAAUUGUGUUUCUUAAUGUUAACCAUGCAAAACAAUCAGUACUUUACCUUGCUGUUGAUAGCAAGGACAAGGAAGCAGUCGAAGUAAUCAUGGAGAACUGCCCCAGCUAUGUUGCUACCCCAAAGGGAUUAUCGCCCGUCGUAGCAGCAAUCAUGAAGCGGAAUCAAGAAAUGCUAAGGGUCAUACUGCAAAAGAAGCCAACUUGGAUACAUUCAACGGACACAUAUGAAAGGCUUCCACUUCAUUAUGCAGCAUCUAUAGGUUACCUUAAAGGCGUUGAAUUAUUACUUGGCAUAUGUAAAUGUUGCACCAAUCAAAGGGACAAAUAUGGCUAUUUCUCAAUUCAUCUAGCAUCUCAUGGAGGCCACUUGAAAGUGGUAAAGAAGUUGUUAGAAUACUGUCCAGAUCCCACUGAGAUGCUUGACACUUCAUUUAAGCGUAAUAUUCUUCAUGUUGCAGCAAAAAAUGGAAAGCAUGAGCUAGUACAACACAUACUGCUGCAAAGUCGUCGAAUUCCUGAACUUCAUAAGAUGAUAAAUCAAAAGGAUAAGAAAGGAGAUACUCCUUUGCAUCUGGCUGCAAAAUCGUGUCAUCCCAAAACUGUUUUUUACUUAACAUGGGAUGAAAGAGUGGAUCUUCAUCUGGUUAACCAAAACAAUCAAACAGCUCUUGAAUUUGUCAAUGCAAUUUCUCAAUUUCGUGAUACAUCCACAAGAGAGCAACUUACACGCAUUGCACUGAAUUCUGCUGGUGCAAAAACGAGGUUUAAAAGAUUGGUUCAUGAUAAAUCAAGACAAAGUGAUUCAAACUCACUACAACUAGGAGAAGGUGACACAAAGUCGAAUAAGAAUAAAGGACAAAGUGAUUCAAAGCCAAAUGAGAAUAACGAAAAUGUCUCCAACACCACUGAACCACGAUAUUUCUUUUUGACAGGCUCCAACAAGCAAUAUAGAGACAGGGUAGAGACACUCACAUUGGUUUCAACACUUAUAAUCACUGCUUCAGUAGCAGCAUGUUUUGCUGUUCCAGGUGAAGCGGAUGGAAAAGCAAACAACCUAUGUCAUGCAAUGUUCCAAGCUUUCAUUAUCUUCAUCACAAUAUCAUUGUUCAGUUCCAUUAGUUCUACUAUCAUACUCUUUUUGGCAAAACUUGGAUUAACUGAAUUGGUGACUUUCUCACUGAAAAUCGUGUUGCCACUUCUUGGAACCGCUCUCAUUUCUCUAUCUUUGGCUUUCAUGACUGGUCUCUACACUGUUAUCAGUGAACUUACUUGGUUGGCCAAUCUCUUUAUGGUUGUAACUCCAAUGUUGGUUGUGGUUGUGUUUUUGUUGUACCUUGUCCUUUUCCUCCCCUCAUCGUCAACGAGAAAAUCCAUGCGAUACAUUUCCUAUUACCCCUUUCUUUUCCUAGCAUGGCUCACAGAGUAAAUUGGAUCCUCUGCAAUGGCUACAGAGAUAUUUGAUUAUGUAUCAUAACUAGAUGGGUAUUCUACAUUAAAUUAAAUAAACCCCACUUAAAUUUAUGUUCCUCUUGUGACCAAUAUAAAUAAAUACCACCUAAUGUUAUAUAUAAUUAUACUA